AUGAAUAUUUUUGCUCAAUUUUGUGCAACCAUGGGAGCUGAGACUAAAUUUGAGAAAGUAAGCACUCAAACCUAUACACUCUAAAGGCCAGAAUCGCUGCUACUUACACCAAUACGAAUCCCCCAAGAGAAGAGGAUAUUAGAUAGAUUCUAGCUACACUUUCAGGAGAAGACUUACAAACAAAUGCUUAGACAGCGUAUGGUUCCUUAGUGAGGAGGUUGAAAUUAUAAAACAACGAUGAGAAUGGCUGGAUGAUGAUCAUAAAAACUUUGAUAAUCAUAGAUAGGUAUUGGGUCAAAAAAAUUGAGGUGCGUGAGUGAUCGUAUCUUACUUAAAGAAUUUCAGGAGUUAGAUUUGCCUUUGGUGGAAUGUCGAUAAGAGAGGGACAUCAAAAAUAAGUAAUUACUAAUUAACGAAUUAAUAUCCAAAUAUUAUCAUUACAUCAAAUUCAAAGCACUCAAACUCAGAAACUCUACCUCACUCACUCUAUAUAAGAAGGAGAAGAUCUUGUACUUUAAUAAAAUGCCACUCAAGUCAAUCUUUGAUGAAUUGAAAAUGAUUCUGGAAUUGGUCCAAAGAGCAUUUGAUGUUAUCGAAACCAAAAAAAAUGGUCAUUUGCGUUUCAAAGUGAAUCAGUACGUCUACUUGUUACUCAUGAAUGACCUAUUGAAAUAUUAUGGGUGUGGAUUGAUUGCCUUUAAUUUACUCAUUAAGAAAGUUCAAGAUUUACAAUCUAAUGAUCUUCUUCAAAUAAUUGCAAUAUCCAAAUCCAUGGUAAAUUUCGGCAAUAAGUUUGAAGAGUUCAUCCAUCAAUGCGGAUACAUAGAAGGAUUUGAGAAUGUCAAAUUGGAUUAUAAGGUGCCACAAUAUUAAUUAAUAGGUAAAUGAGGAUGUAGUGAAUUUGGUUACUUAAUAUCUGGAUCAAAUUGAAAUCUCUAAUGGAACCAAAUAGAUAAAGCUCAAUCAUUACAACACUCAGGCCGUUAUUAAGUUGAUCUGUAUAUAUAUGUGCAAUUCCAAUCAUAUUAGCUCAACCCAACCCUGAUGGCAGCUAAUACUUUGGCCCCAUUGUGAUCAAACAACCAACAAAAAUUCAAAUCUAUGUGAAUACAUAUAGAGACAAAUUUUCUGAGGACCUCUUCCAGAAUUUCUCCAACAAUUUUUCUUCCAAGUAUUCACAUUCUUCAUAACACUCCCUAGAUAUGUGCCUAUUCACGAGAGCUUCAAGAAACUACCUGAAAUCAUGUUAGAAGAAGAUAUCGAUUUCUUAUAAAAGGUUGGAGAAGAUCAAAAUAAGUUCCAUGUCAGAGAUACAAUUAAUUUGCUCUAUCCUGAUCCUUUUGAUGACAAAAUAUUUACUCAAUUUAAAAACAUUUUUAAUUAGUGA